AUGACGAAUAUCACUUUCAUCCUCAUAGCCGUCAUUCUCACCACAGUAGCAUGUCAAACAUUCCAAUACUCCCGAGGGUGGACCAAUGGAAAGAGGGACCAUAAGAGAGAUCAGACCCUGGACCAGAUUCUGACUCCGUGCCAGAUGCAGAAGUUGAAGUAUUUAUUGCAGGGGAAAGCGUUUUCGGAUCGGUUACUGAUACCUUGCGACUAUACGGACGAAGACUCCGACCAGAGACAAAGAUACCAGCCGGAUGUUCAGGAUUCACUCACUGACUUUCACUAA